GUAAUCAGAGAGCUCUCCUCUGCUCCUCUUGUCAGAGCCAGCCAUGAACCAGCCGAGCUCCCCGUCCUCCAGACCCGCGCCGACUCUCCGCCCGUCUCCCUGACUCUCACCGAAGCACCAUGAAGAGGCAAAACGUGCGGACCCUCGCACUCAUCAUCUGCACUUUCACCUACCUGAUCGUCGGAGCGGCGAUCUUCGACGCGCUGGAGUCCCAGAAGGAAACGAGCCAGUGGAAUAAGCUGAAACUGCGCAAAGAUGAGCUGCUCAACACCUUCAACCUGUCCUCGGCGGACUUUGACGAGCUGGAGAAGGUGGUGCUGCAGCUCAAGCCGCACAAAGCGGGGGUGCAGUGGAAAUUCGCCGGCUCGUUUUACUUCGCCAUCACUGUGAUCACCACUAUAGGAUAUGGCCAUGCAGCCCCCAGCACAGAUGGAGGGAAGGUGUUCUGCAUGCUCUACGCCCUCCUGGGCAUCCCUCUCACUUUGGUCAUGUUCCAGAGCGUGGGUGAGCGAAUCAACACCAUUGUAAGGUACCUGCUCCACCGCCUGAAGAAGUGCCUUGGUAUGAGGCAUACUGAGGUCUCCAUGGUCAACAUGGUGAUCAUUGGCUUCAUAUCCUGCAUGAGCACACUGUGUGUAGGAGCCCUGGCCUUCUCGCACUUUGAGGGAUGGAGCUUCUUUCACGCUUACUACUACUGCUUCAUUACACUCACCACCAUCGGCUUUGGGGAUUACGUAGCUCUGCAGAAGGAACAUGCGCUGCAGACCAAGCCAGAUUAUGUGGCCUUCAGCUUCAUCUACAUCCUUACCGGCCUGGCUGUGAUCGGAGCCUUCCUCAACUUAGCAGUACUGAGGUUCAUGACCAUGAAUGCAGAGGACGAGAAAAGGGAUGCAGAGCAGAGGGCUCUCCUCUCCCAUAACGGUCAGGCGGUGAGACACAUCCAUUGCUCAAUGGAUCCAGCCUCCUCCUCCUCCACACCAUCUGGGUGUGGCGGAGGAAGCGGAGUUGGAGGCAGUGGUGGAGGGGCGGCAAGUAGGGGUCUGCGUAACGUUUACGCUGAAGUUCUACACUUUCAAUCCAUGUGCUCCUGUCUGUGGUACAAGAGUAGAGAGAAGUUGCAGUACUCUAUACCCAUGAUCAUCCCACGUGACCUCUCAAACUCCGAUACCUACAUGGAGCAGGGGGAGGCGUAUUCCAAUCCCUUCCACUCUAAUGGCUGUGUGUGCAGCCUGCAGCGCCACUCGGGCAUCAGCUCUGUUUCCACUGGUCUACACAGCAUCAACACCUACAGGAGACUCAAUAAACGCCGAAGCUCCAUCUAAACUCAGUAGACUUCAUGCUCCGAGGUGAACACAUCUCCUGGCCCAAAGAGAGGCCAGAUUCCUGAUGUUUGCAUCAUUCUGGCAAUGAAGAACCUGCAGGAUCCAGCCAUGUUUUUAACUGCCGAUAGCUAAGCACAAACCGUUGACGACCAACAUCAUUACUGGCAUUUCUGAGAAAUAAUGCUCAUGGUUGCUUAAGUGGAAGCAUUUUUUUUCACAAACUAUGAAACUGUUACUAUUAAGAACAUGGUGAAAAAAACACAAGUGAAGCUCUGUACGUCUCUGAAUUCAAAUAUUAAACAUCUUAGUAUUGAAUUCAGUAAAUUACUUGGUCAAAUGACGAAUAAAAAAAAGGGACAAAAUACACUGUGAUACAUGUUUAUAAGAUAGAUUGGGGUUGUAUUAACUGUAUAUAAAUCCCUUCACAGAAAUAUUUUAUUGAAUAUUCUUUAAUACACUUUCCUUUCCUGAAGGGAUCUUUGGUUGUAAGUAUUAUACACACUUCAGAGAAAUAUAAAUGUGUAUAUAUUUGGACACUUCACUUGUUGGUGAUAUGGAGGAAAAGCUUAUUUUUUCAGUGAAAGUUUUCAUAAAAGUUCUCACCGUCUGUUCCUUUGUUUCUGUAACUGAUGUUCCGGUUCAAGCCAAUGUUUCUGAUCUGUUUCAUCUUUUGUCCUUAAAUGAAAGUCAUAUUGACUGAUUGUUUUCAUUGAUGGUGACAGAGCAGAUUUUGCCCAAAUGUGUUUUUGAAGGAUGCAACACUUUUUAACAGUUGUUGGGAUCGAAUUGUGGCAGUGUCUCGAACCACUACGACUCCCUCUCAGCCCUUUCAUACCUCACUGUUGUACAAUGAAUUUGUUUCCCAUGGUUUCUUUACUACAUGCUUUAUUUACUAUACUUACUUGUCGCAUAGAGAUUAUAUAAGAGGUAGAUGUAGCCCCCAGACUUCACCCAUUGGUUGGUGGGAUAUUAUUUUAAAGCCCAGUUUGGCAUUUUGGCUAUCAUCAUCUUGUUUCUUGUCGCCAGAAGUUUUCAUUCUUAAGAGCGGCAAGGAGUUAGCAAACGCAAGGCUGUAAACUAAUCUAUAGUAAGUAGUAAGAUUCUAGGUGGUAAUCACAUACAUUUGUUUAACGUAUGCUAGGUCAUCUGAUACACUACAUUAUCAGCAAAUUCUAGAUCUAGAUUGCUUCUCAAAAUUACAGUAAAUGUGUGUUAAUUGGAUAAAAAAAAUGUUGCCAUAGCUUUAGCUUUAACUCUAGGGCCGGAUCCACAAAAUGAUUGUGCUGCUUUUGCAGGUGCUAAACCUCUGCAAAUGAGAGAAAAAGACAGCAUGGGAUGAACAGAGCAUAGGAAAAGGGUAUAAUGCAUGCUAAAACGGAUCAAAUUUCAUGGUGCUAUUAGAAGACGCAAUCCAUUCCUAGGGAUUUGGCCCUAUGUAAUAACCAAUAAACAAAAGGACUCAUUAGAGUGUUUGACAACCAUUUUCACUGUUGUUGGCUGUGCUAGUAAUAUUUCAAUCGCAAGGUAACCACAGGAGCAUAUCCUGCGUUUUCACAUUUUAUUUGUAGGUAGACAACAACAUAUUGAAAGUAAUGAUUUUGACCAUACACUCAUUAGAAUAAAGUUAUUAUGGUUAUAAAUUGGGGGAGAAGAAGGGUCAUUUUCUUAUUGACUGCCAUAAAAGUAGACAUAAUUUAUAACCAGCAGAUUAGCCUCCUGCUGGCCAUUAGUAAUAAUGCAGGCUCUAGGAACUUUCAAAUUGGUUUCACUUUAAGAGACCAGGCUACGUCCAUUUCUUUUAUACAGUCUAUUGCUGCUGGUUUUAAGUUUAAAAAGAGCACAAGUAUACCCUCAUAGCUUAACUCAGGUGUGAGAGCUCACCAUGGUAGAGAUUCAUAUCUUACUCACUGCUGCACCUUAGAAAACUGUUGUAUAUGCUUUAGGACACUGGAAUUCAGUGAACUUUUGUUUCAUUUUUAGUUAUUUACUCCAUGGAAUCACAUUUGGUUAUGUUUUGUAAAUUAUAAGCCCUGCAUAAUUAUUUCUUGCGUUAUCAGUCUGACAUGUUUGUCUACAUAUAAAUGUUAUAUAUUGAGAAUAAUUGCAGUAAACCUAACAAAGAAAUGGCCUCAGAAUUUGCACCACAUGCACUUAGUGGGCUUUGCUGCUGCCCCAAACACACUUGAUUCAGCCAACUGAGGUCUUCAUGCAGUUUUAUCAAUUGUUUAAGACCUUUUGAAGGAGUUUUCUUACACAGACUUCAUUUUAUUUAUUGAUCAUUUUUGUAGGUUUACUUUACAAUGUCUAAACAUUUAAGUAAUUCAAAAUGAAUUAAAAACACAUUUAAAUAUUUUUGUUUUCCACUGGAAGGUUCUUAUUAGCUGCAAUAUGUCUGUUAACAUUGAUUAGCAUCUCUGAUGAACUAAAGGAGCGACUGCAGUCGACUGUGUGUGGCUAUACAUCUACCAUAUGUUUUCUCUUUCAUCAUAAUAAAAUGUCGUUUUAAACAUCA